UUAGCCAGUUCCAUUUCCCUGAUUUCAACAAUAAUGAACUUCCUAAUUUAAACGUAUAUUUUCGUCCUUUGUCGAAAUAUGUCGUUCGAGCUCGUUUGGAUCUUGCAAUUUAUUUUGACGAUAUCUGGGGAGAUUUUACAGCCAAAAGAGCUUAAAAGAAAUGAAGGUGAAGAGGUGGACUUCAAGUUUACAACCAAAGAUAGGAACUCAAUCCGCACUGCCAAUUUUGGCAAAAAAACUUCUCUUGAAUGCGACCACACGAUGAAACUGAUUAUUGUCACCACACAAAUAGUUACACAUGGAAAAGACCUAGAUACUGCAUCAGACAGGCAAUACAAAAAUCGAGCCCACUUUAUCGGAAAUAUUUCACUUGGUCAUGCUUGGUUUCGCUUAAUAAAUGUUUCUGUGGCCGACCAAGGUGUUUAUGCGGCCUGUAUUCGUCAAGAUACCGAUUUAAAGCGUAAGAUGUAUGAAGUAAAAUUGUCUGUAAAACCCUCAUCGAAAAGAGGGCCAUCAGCCAGAAGCACCAUUGGAUCAAGGAAGUCAACCACUAGCUCAA